AAGGUGAAGUGAAGGUCAUUUGCUGGUUAUAAAUACUCUGAGCUUCAUGCUUAGUGCCCUAUUACGCAGUUUUGUUACAUGCAUAAUGGCAAUUGUUGCAAUGAUGUGCAAUUUUGUAAUUUGCUCCCUGGCUUUUUUGCUAAUGACUGCAAGCAGAAAUGAAGCCUUUGGCAACCAGUGUGGUGGCUCUAUGUCAGGAAACUGUUAUGUAGAUCCUCAGAACUGCGAGGGGUGUGACAACAAAGAAGCAAUUGGCAACAGUUACGUGUGCUGCCCAGGUUGCGCAGAGAAACCCAAAGUGACAACAACAACUUUCCAAUUUUUUCACAUGCAGUAUAGCUUCAACACCUGUCAAUGCCCAGCUUUAACAAAUGAAGUGCAGGGUAAUUGUGAGCAAGGUCAACUGUGUUCUGCAUCCCAGAGUGCCAAGAGAGCCCAGCUCGAUGGAAAUGCCAUGUGCUGCACCAGCUCUCUGGGAAUUCGUGCAUUUAGCUUCAACAAAUAUAUCAACGGCACUCAGCAAAUCACACGUUUUUGUGAAUGCAUGAAUUGCUAAACAUAUCCUGUCUAAUUACUUUCAACUCAAAAACCAACAAAUGAUUCUGAAAUCAUUUAGUAAAAAACUGAGCUGGAUUCUGCUGGAGAAGUGAUGAAAAACUUCACAUCAGCCACAAGGAAAAUCUCAACUUAACUCCUUUUCAAGGGCUGUUAAUUCAGAUUACACAACUAACCUUAACUUUACCACCUGUUCAGCUGUAUUGGCAAGUGUUGCUCUUUGCUGCUCCAAUACUUUCAUCAAGUGUACAGUGAACCCUUUGCAGCGAUCUAAAUUUGCAACACCCAAUUCCUGCAAUGAAAUUUGAAAACAAAUUCCACUUGUUUAACUCAGUUCAAUUUUGACCAUGCAGCCUAAAAGUAAACCACAUAAAACUGGCAUUGUGGAGAAUGUGAGUUGAAUAUAACAGAAAAGAAACAUAUUUGCUUUAAAUAUCAGGACUUACAAUAUAUUCACAUAUGUUUUUUUUUGCAAAUCUGUUUAACAGAGAUUCUAAGAAAAUCAUUGAAAUAACUGAUAUAGAUGUAAACAUAAUUACCAGCAAUUAAAUUAAUGCAAAAAAUAUUACCAGG